GGGACUAAUCUCAGCGACCACCAGCGGCUACAACUCCCCGUGUAGAACUGCUCUCCAUCAGCCAUAUGGGCCGUGGCCGCUGAUUGCUAGGGUUUCUCUCCCGCCCGCCAUGGCGACCGCCGCAGCCGCCGCCGCCGCCACGCCGCGCCGCCGGCGCGGGAAGGGCGGGAAGGGCCCCAACUCCGACCUCUCCCGCACCCUCACCGACUGCACCCGCCGCGGGGACGCCGCCGCCGCCAUGGCCGCCUUCGACGCCGCCGUCUCCGGUCCCGACGCCGCCUCCGACCUCCGCCUCGCCGCGCACCAGUACAACCAGCUCCUCCACCUGCUCGCCUCCGCCGACCGCGCCUCCUUCCCCGCCGCCCCACCCGCCGCCGCGGCACGCCGCGUGUUCGCCCACAUGCUGGACGCCGGGGCGGCCCCGUCCGAGGCCACCAUCACCUCGCUCGCCCGCGCCGUCGCCCCCUCCGACCCCGACGAGGCCUUCCAGCUCGUCGCCACCAUGCACUCAACCUACGGCCUCGCGCCGCGCCUCCGGUCCUACAGCCCCGUGCUCUCCGCGUUCCGGCACGCCGGGGACUCUACCAAGGCCUACGCCGUCGAGGCCCACAUGACAUCCUCCGCCAUCGCCCCCGAGGAGCCCGAGCUCGCCGCGCUCCUCGAGGUCAGCGCCAAGGCAGGGGAAGCGGACAAGGUGUACGAGUACAUGCACAAGCUGCGGCGCGCCGUCGGCUGCGUGGGCAAGGAGACCGCCGAGGUGUUGGAGGGGUGGUUCCACAGCGACAAGGCGGCAAUGGCUGGUAAGGAUGAGUGGGACGCCCGGCAGGUCAAGGACGCCGUCGUGGCGAAUGGCGGUGGGUGCCAUCAGCUUGGGUGGCUUCGUACUGGCCCAUGGAUGGUGCAGCGGGUGAAGGUUGGGGCGGGUGGUGACUGCGGUGGAUGUGGAUGCCGCCUAGCGUCUGUUGAUAUUGAUAUGGAGGAGACACAUACGUUUGCUGAUUCUGUCUCCGGGUUGGCCCUUGAGAGGGAGACCAAAGCAAAUUUCAGCCAGUUUCAGGAGUGGUUGGAAGCGAAUAAACAAUAUGAAGCUAUAGUCGAUGGCGCAAAUAUUGCGCUAUAUCAACAAAACUUUGCUGAAGGCGGUUUCAGUUUGGUUCAGCUGGAUGCUGUUGUAACAGAGCUACGAGAUAGAUAUAAUGGCAAAUGGCCACUUGUCAUACUACAUAAUAAACGUGUCGCCAAGCUUAUGGAAAAUUCAAAUAAUAGGCAUCUGAUUGAAACUUGGAGAGCAAAUGGAGCACUGUACACAUCUCCAAGUGGGUCAAACGAUGACUGGUAUUGGCUAUAUGCAGCCAUUGGAUUGAACUGUUUGCUUGUGACUAAUGAUGAAAUGAGAGAUCACAUAUUUGAGCUCCUAGGAUCAUCAUCAUUUUUCUACAAGUGGAAGCAACGACAUCGGGUCAAGUACACUUUUAAUAAAGGAAAGGCGGUGCUUAUAAUGCCACCCCCUUAUUCUUCGGAGAUUCAAGAAUCUGAGACAGGAUCUUGGCAUGUGCCGAUUGAGGAGAAGUCUGGUGACGAGAGAGCUAGGACUUGGCUUUGUAUUGAUAGGUCAGGUGUCACCAAACGACCUCAUGAAUCUUGUAUUGCGAAUGGAGUUGCCCAGGGUUUAACUCCAUCUGAGGCAUCUAAUGGAGCUGGGCAGAGGCAACCUGAAGAUCAGGCUGCGCCAGUAACUGGCAAAAGAAAGGAUAGAGAUUGACGGUGCAAUGAAGCAUACCGGAUUUCUGUGACGUGCUUGUUUCUGCGUCCCACCUUAGUAGUUCAGGACUAGGGAUGCAUUGUUAGUGCCAUCCCUAGAUGCCUGUUUGUGGGGCCAACAAGCAUUGUAAACCAUACCUGACUUGUGUGCAGUUGUGCACCAAGUUAUCAUUGAGGUUUUGCAGCAAAGAACUGCAUACAACACUGGAAGUUAAACCUGCUUAUAUCCCCAAAAAAAUGGUGUGCUUUUUUUCUUCCUAGGCAAUAAAAUGCGAGUUCUGUUC